GACCUUUCUGCUGGACGAGCAUUGUUGGCAUAAAAGACAAAAUGUGACCGUUCUUUUUGGGUGGCGGGUAUAAAUCCAAACAAUGACGAUUUAAAAAAAAAAAAAAUUUUUUUUUUUUUGCUUCCACCACUCAUUAUACUGUGAGGGUCGUGGCAUUAGGACGGUUGGGAACCAUUGGUUUGGGUGAUUGUUAUGAUUUCAAUUUUAAGUUAGAAUAAGGUCUAAGCAAAGGUCAAGGGCAUAAAGUAUCACGUGGUCGGCCAUGUGAUUAUGUUUUGGAAGGAAUAUUCAUGGCGUAACUUACGUAAAAGUCAUUGUUGAAAGUAUCACAAGCUAGUGCAACGAAAGAUAAACCAUCAUGAAAAGAGUUUGCGAAUUUCUCAUUAUUAUUUGGAUUUGUUUUGAGAAGAAUGAAAGUGCUAGACACCGACCUAAUCCUAAUCCUAUUCAUGCGUCUUGUAACGUGGAUUGGUGAGUCUCUUACACUCUUACUCUUACUCUUACACUAUUUACUACUUACUACUUAGUUAACUUAGUCACUUAGUCAUAGUACUUACUUAGUGUCUUCCUCUUAGUUAGUAGUCUUCUUAGUCAUACUAAUACUAAUAUAUAAAGGCUAUGAAUUAUAAUUAAAAUAACUAGAGUCUAAUACUAAUAUAAUAAUUUAAAUUAAAUAAUUACUAAAAAUAUUAAAAUUUUUAUAUUAUAUAAUAAUAUGACUAUGAAUUUGACUAAUAAAUUGAUAUCUUGCUGUCACUGUUUAUAACUAACAUAAAUUGAUAAAUACAUUUAUAUUUAUAUUGGCAUUAUAUUGCAAUGAAAUGUUUUUUAUAACUUUUUUUUUACUCUUCAGGAACUUUGGCUUAACAUGUCCUGAUACCAGCAACAAAAUAAUAAAUCAGAUUGAUUUAUGGAAAGGAGAAGAUUGUGGAACUGGAGAAAAAUGCAGAUACACAGUAGGCUAAGUGACACAUUUUUAAACAUUAAAAUAUAAAAUAAGCUCUUGUUAUCAUGCUGUGGUUAUUAGAGGAUAUGGGUAAAUUUACAUUCAGCGCCCCACUCAUUUCCCAUGGCCAUGGUGACCAAUAUGGUGACUGAAAAAAAAAGUAGUGCAAACACAUAACUGCUAAAAUGAGAGGGAAAGAGAAUGUUCUUUUUUAGCUUCUUACCCAGAAAAACAACAUUAGAACACAGCUUAUUAAAUUAAAUUUCAUGAAGUAAUUUCAUCUGGUACAUUAAUUUUGUGGCAAAUGCAGCAACUUUAUUAUAGCCCUCUAAAUUAUACUAAAUAUGCAACAAAAAGUUUCAACUACCUGUUGUUGCCCCUUUCCUGGCAUACUUUCAGCCGGUACAUUAAUUUCGUGGUGAACCUAGUAACUGUAUUGAAUCCCUCUAGACUCUAGAUAUGCAGCAGAAGUAAACAACCUGCAGUCGCUCCCUUCCCUCAACUAAAACAUGUGUGCUACAGUUACUCACUGUGGUAAGAAAAGUGUAAAAAUGAGAAAAACAAUAAAAAAUAUUUUAAGAUAAUGAAAACCCAAAUUAUAGUUUCAUAGAAUACACUUAAACACACUUUAUUGUAGUUUCCACCAAAAAUAAAAUCCAAAAGUUGUCAGAAAAAUCAAUAGUCAGUACAAUACCCAUUUUCCAUAAUGCUGGAAAAUUUAGAUAUUAUAACUAAACAAAACACUGAAAUCAGUUGAAACCAAAGACAGUAUUUGAAUGUCCCCAAGAAACUUCACUUAUGAAAAUUUUUUCAACAAAAUACUUUUGUGCUGUAAGGACUCUAAUAAUUUAUUUUCUCAAAAUAAUUAAAAACUUUUUAUAUUGAUAUUUGAAUCAUCUGUAUAAAUCGAUUCAAUAAAAAAAUUUGAAUGUAAAUAGUCUAUAUUUUCCCAUUUUGGGGAGGGGGUGGGGUAUCCUCAGUGUUAAGAAAAUAAAUAUAUAGAGUAGUAACUAGAAAAAGCUAACUCUGCAUGACCACAGCCUAAUUCUAUUAAAAAAAAUCAACCAUGGACCUUUCUAUCUUUAAAUUUUGGCGUUAACAAAUUAACAAUCUACAGUAGGAAUCCUUCUGACCUUCAGUAUUACCUGCUUGUGUGGGAAUUUGUUUCUCGUCAAACACUGAUUAUAUAAACUUGUCUAGAAAACAAGAAAUAUCAAAUAAACAAAACUACUUUUGCUUGGAGAAUUAUUUGAAGCAAAAUGCAUUUGUUAAACUAAAAAAAUUUGGAGGAAAGAUCCCACCUCUUCAUCACAUAUUCAUAUACCUAAGAUCAGCUCGAUCAGGGUGAAAUUUUACCCUUAAAGUUAGUACCAAAAGAUAUAAAAAUUAAUUUGUUCCUGUCAGAAUUUAACAGAUUGCUCCUCCGGCUGUUACAGAAUCUAAAUAAUCACUCUUAAAGUCAGUAUUGUCCCCUUUACUGUAAAAGACAGCUGAUUUUUGUGUUUGAGAAACACUAUAGAUGUCUCAUGUUUAAAUUAUACAUUUAUAAAAAUGUUGUCUCGAUAAGAAUAUUUAUCUACGUGCUGAAAAUUGAUAUGUACCAUGUAUCUAAAAGCAUUGCAAUUUAUUGGGAUCAAUAAAAUAAUCUUAUCAUUAAAUAAAUAAAUUGGGCAUUCAUAUCAUAUGAGGGAAUUGUAAAAACAUCAACUAUCUGUUUUAUCUUUAGUUUAUCAGCUUUGACAAUGUGACGUUAAAAGCAACUCACACAACACCAGUGAAGAAAUAUGUGGAUGAUCUUACCUUUGUUUUCAAGCCUAAUGGCAACACAGAAUGUACUGUUAAUGUAAGUUUCUUUUUUAUUUUAUAUUAUGAUAACGCCUCCACUUAGUAUUAGGGGUUGGUUCUUUGCUAUUUAUAUUUUCUGAAUGUGUGACUUAAAAUCAAAUGCUGAACUUCUUUUCAAGUUUUUAUACAGAGCAAUCAUAAGUGUGCGCUAUAAAAAUUCUAUCUCAAGGAAGGAAUUAAAAUGUUUAAGUGCCACAGUUUCAUACCAGACUGGCCUUUUUACCCCCUGAGUAAUCUUUGCAAUGUAUGCAUUGGAGUUUGCUUUUGAAUCAUUCAAAUCAUUAAACUUAAAAGUUAUAGAUGUUGAAAAUUAAAUCUCUGGAAAGAAUGUACAUAUUCUGAAAGUUGUGUCUUUUAGUCUGCCUAAAUUCCCCUUAUUUAUGCUUAAUAUUUUAUUUCCUAUAAAAAUAACAAAUCUAAAUCAAAUUUCUCUCAUCUAUUGUUUAAGUGGAAAGGAUGAGACCAUAUGCUGGGGUGCAGACAGCAUGAAUCCUUUUAAGUUUUCAAAUAACUGUGUAUGUUCGUACUAUGCUGAGGCGAUGGACUUUCCUUGUAGUUUUGGUUGGAUAAAAAAUUAAUGUUUUUAGUGUACUUUAUUAAAUAUUUAAAAUUUUCUGCACCAUGAAUACAUCAGUGUUGCGAAAUUUGCAUUGUUGCUCUUUUAGUAUUUUAAUAUCCCUCAUUAGUAUUAGAUUUGAAACAAAAGAGCAUGGAUAAGCUAUUUUACCAGAAGAUAAUCGAUCAUAAAAGCUCUUGGUGGGAUGUUCCUUCUUCCUUGUGUAAACUAAUUGACCAUCUUAACUUAAUUAUAACUUUUUUAUAUUAACUUAAUUAUAACUUUUUUUUAGAUUUAGACAAAAUAGAAUAUAGGUUACAUACUUGACACUAAAAUAUUAAAUGAUGUUACAUUGUUAAUGACAUGUCACUAAUAAAUAAUAUAAUAUUUAGAGACAAAUUUUGGAAUACUAUUUGCAACUAUUUCACUAUUAUCUGGGCAAAAUCGUUUCAAAAAUGGGAUAUUACGCCAUGAUGAAUGGGAAUCGUAACUUAUGGAUGGAAGAACCAUAUUUAUAUCUUUGUUUUAUGACUUAGAUAAGUGUUAUUUUAAAUGUUUUGUUUCAAGCAGAAAAGCAUUAAAUUAAAAGCCUACUAACCAAAAAAAAAAACAACAAAAGAUUAUAAUUAUUCCUACAAAACAGUCUGUGAUAUUUUACAGUGUUAAAAUUAUAAAUAUGCUAUUUAUAAUUUCAAGAUAAUUAUUGCAGAAUUUUGUAAAUAAAUGUACAUACUUUCUGCCAAACGCCCCCCCCCCCUCCAACACAUAAUCUCCAAAAUCGACAGACCUCACCCCUGAGUGUUUAUGUGCGAUAUUUAUAUGGAUGGUCCCUAUUUGAAUCAAAUUAAGUUACUUUUUUUUGAGAAAGUGAAAUCUUGCUAAUUUGCCAUUUCUUUACUAAUGAAAUCGCAACAGGGUUUAAGCUACUCAGAAACUUGGUAUGCUAUACUAGACUAUGGUACAAAUUACUGCAAUCUCCACAACCUUAUCACUGGUAAGUUGAUUUUUCAAAUAUUUAGUAGUGUUGUGCAAGAGAAUUUCAAUACAAAUUGGUGCAUUUUUCUUGGUUUUUUUUAGAUCUAUACCAAAAUUUUGUUUCUUUUGGGUGCAUUUUCUCUGCAAGUGACUUGAUUAAUUUUUAAUUACUAAUAGUAUAUACAAAAGGAUGGUUUAAAUUUGUGAGAGUCUUUUAUGCUUCUUCAAAGCCAUUUACCGUAUAUACUCGCAUAUAAGCCGAAUUUAGAACUUAGAACUAUAAAAUACAAUACUGAAAUCAGGGGGUCGGCUUAUAUGCGCAUAAAACAAAAUGGACACAAGGACAGACACUAAUGCCAAUUUUCCAAACAAAUUUUCUAAAUAUAUACUUCGUUAAUCAUUAGUUGUGAACAACUUACGAGCGGAAGUUCAGAUAUUAUUAUAGCAAACAAUGUGGAAAGAGCAGAACACGUUUUUGUGUCAUUCCAAAAGGUAAACAAACUGGUAUGUGACAUAAAAGUAAGCAUUUUACAUCUUUACAGUAACAAAUUUCUAUGAACCAAAAAUAUGGAGUUAAAUUAGACAAUUGUAUGGUCGGCUUAUAUGCAGGUUUUUGUAAAAACGGGCCAUUUUAAAGCAGUUUUAGGAGGUCGGCUUAUAUGCGAUGUAGGCUUAUAUGCGAGUAUAUACAGUAACAAUUCCCAUAUGCAUAGUAAACAAUUUUAUCCAUAAAAUACUUUGUUUUCAACAGGUUCUGGACUUAACCAAACAACAAAUUACAGAGAGGAUACCAACAAUGGAAGAUGUACCCAAUACUCCUCGGCCGACUGUGAUAAAUAUUAAAUCUCAUUGUAACAGGCUUUUCAAGGUGCUUGCAAUUAAAAUGUUUUUUAAAUGAAAGACAUUUUGUAGAUCAAUGCCACAUUGUUAGUGCAUUAUGAAUACUCUUUACUUCUUUGGAACCUCAUUUUAAUUUUGCAAAUGUUUUAUCUCUUAUAAUUAUAAUCUCAUUUCUCAAGUUUUGUAUUUGCUUUGUUAUUUUAUAUCAAUAAAAAAAUGUUGGUAUUCUGUCACAUUUUGGUUGCUACAUAAAGGGCGUAUGUCAAUGGAAAGAUCAGCAGAGCAUCAUUAAUAAGUAUUCAUAUUAAACAGAGAACCUAAAGUCAAAUAUUAUUUUGACAGUAAACCUGCAAUAAUCCAUUGCAGACCAGCACAGCUCAAAAUGUAAGGCGGGCUGUAAUACUUUAUGAAAAACUUGUGCGGGCCAAAAGAAAAUAGAUGAGGACUUGUGCGGACCAAAAAAAAAAAAAAAAAAAAGGAGGGGGGGGGGGGGGGGGGGGGGGGGGGUUUUGGAGAAAGCUAUGAAAAAAAAUAAUAAUAAAGAAUAUUUUAUUUCGCAGGCCGCAAAGUGGGUGCUGGACUAUUGUGUUAGGUAUUAUAGUUUUGAGGAUGUUUAAGAAAGGUAUGAAAAAGAAAACAUUGCUCUUGAACAAAAAAAUAAUUGGGUACAGAUAAUUCUUAACCAUAAAAAGUCAAGUUUCUCCACUUCUGUGCUCUGUUUAACACUAAAUGGUAAAAUUUGAUCCUGGUAUUAGUAUUCGCAUAAUGCAUUAAAAAAUUUGUUUCUCAUUAAGCAACUAACUAGAAUCCUGGUUUGCAAUCUCAAAAGGGGUCAAAGGAUACUCAUUGGAAGGUUUUUCUGUGGGAUUUCUGGACACAACUACAAUAAAAUUAAUUUCAUUAAACUAUUUCGAGUUUGGAUUAAUUUCAUAUUACUAUUUGUAUAGCGGCUGCAGAUUUUUUAAAACUUAAACCAUUAAAAUAAAAAUAAUUUAUUGGCGUCAGCAGUCAUUUUGCCGCUAUGAAAUGGGAUCUUAACUAAAAAAUAGACUGGAACCUGUGGAUGAGAAUGUGUUUCCUAACAUUGAUAAGUUCCUCAGGAAUGUUCGAAAAGUUAUAUUUACAGGCCUAAUCGUUCUUAAUUUUUGUUGUUGUCUAUUUUAAAUACUAAUGCUGUGUUAUUCAACAUUUUUGUUGGAAUGGAACCCUUUGAACCCUUAGAUUGCUCGCAAAACCCCAUGCAUUGAGAUAAGGGCUUGUUCUAAGUCAAUGCCAUGCAGUGACACAAGGGUUUGACAUAUGUCAAACCCAAGCAGUGACACGAGGGUUUGUUCUAUGUCGACCACAUGCAGUGACAAGGGUUUGUUCUGUCAGUCCCAUGCAGUGACACAAGGGUUUGUUCUAUUCCAAAUAGAUUUCCUUCUCAAGUGAAUCCCAUAGUUAAAGUUAUGUCACUGAAAUGACGAACUUUAAUAUUCCGAUCGACCACAUCAAUUUUUGGCACACACGACUAUCAUGAUGAGGUACUAGCAGUAGCUUUAGUUGACUGCCAUUGAGUCUAAAUUUUUCUUCUUAAGAUUAAUAAAUCGAUCUAUUAGUAGCGCA